CCGACUACAGUCCUACAAACCAAGCUAGCAACAUUAGCAACGGUAUUAAAGCAGCAAAGCCUUCCUCUUCGCUGGAAUUGUGAGAAAAUGCUGGCUCGCGUUGCUAUCGGCUCGCUUUCGAAAGCACGGCAAGCAGCUGCGUUCUCCCCGUCGGCGGUGCUACAACGAUGCCUUGCGACCGAUGCCGACUCGCAUGAUGACUUUAAGCCCAAGCAUGCGGCCCCCGCCACGUCCGCGAGCGUGGACGACCAAAUUAAGGCUUCCAUCGCCAAGGACAAGGUCCACGUCUUUAUGAAGGGCACCCCCGAUUCUCCCCAAUGCGGCUUCAGCCGCAUGGCCUGCGUCGUCCUGAACGCAUAUGGUGUUCAGUUCGGCGCCACCAAUGUGCUGUCGGACGCGGAGGUGCGGGAGGGUAUUAAGAAGUUCACCAGCUGGCCCACAAUUCCUCAGGUCUUUGUCAACGGCGAGUUCAUCGGCGGGUGCGACAUCCUCAUGGGCAUGCACGACAAGAACGAGCUGGAGCCGCUGCUCGAGCCCAUUCGCAAGGAACAGGCGGCCGCGGCUAAGAAGUAAUGGAGAUGCAGGGGCUGAUGGAAACAUGCGGAGCUGGGGAGCAGACUGAGAUUUCAUGGAGGAGGGAGGAGUCCUGGAUGGGUGAUGGAUGGACGCGGCUGAGAGGCAGAGCUUAUAUUGCGGUGUUUCUCUUGGAGUGGCUUAGCUUGGUGGGUAAGCAUGCGUCAACAUCGCUUGGAGCAGCGGCAACGGUCAGCGUCCAACGUCGCAGGGGGCGUCGGGUGGUCAUGGGAGCUCACGGGGUGUCACUGUUGCCAACAGGGUGGAAUGAAGUGUUAAAAGGGCCGGUGCGCAACACGGACAUUUUCGUCAUUUGGAGGGCUCUACUUGUCGUGAUGGAGGAACCUGCAGAGUGAGAUGUGGGAAGGGGGCCUACUUCAUUUAGGUUGUUGCUGGGUGGGGGGGGGGGGGUCGGGUGGCGGUUGUGGGGCCUGGUGAACGUGUGGGUUCAUGCUCGUCGAUGAACCGAAC